CUCCUCCCUCUCUUCGACGUCCUCAUGGAGUCUGCCAUGCCAAUAGUCCAAGCAUUGCAGCUGCUACUGUUGCGUUACUGUAGGUGACACGCGUACAGGCCAACAUAAUUGAUUUCUUUGCAAAAGUAGGUAAAACUUAAUAAAAAAAAAGCUUUGUCUUAACUGUUCAAUCUAAACAUUAGUUUUUUGUCUUAUCAACGUUUUUGAUUUUGAACUACAAUGUAGAAGACAGAGAACCAGAAUCGUCCGUAUAGUGCAAGGCAUCAAAAGGCCGCCAUGUUUUAAAACAAUCGGCCUUUACCUACUAGUGAAGGCAUUCCACUUCCAUCUACUCACUCCGCGUUUCCUUUAAACGUAUCGUGCUUUGUUGUGUGCAUGCCGUUCGAUUUGCGAUCAUUUUGUAUUUGGUAAAAUUGCUGCUUACUAACGUCCAGAAACGGGCCUGCUUUACCCCCUUCCACCCUUACCCCGCUAAACUUACAGUGAAUAUCACGACUUUGGGUGCAUUCCUUGGGAUGAUCCAGAUCAGGAUCAAGGAACCGAUGAAUCCACGCUGGCGAAGGAUUCAUCGAUUUGUUUGAUGCACUAUGUUCUAAUCCGGGUGAUCCUAAAGAAUCGCAUCCUUUCCCCCGUUUAAGUUUAGCUGUCACGGGGUUAUCAUGUGCGACUUUUUGUGGAGUGGUUGAGUCGCUUGGCAAAUGGCCUACUUAACAGUUGUGAUUUACAUAAGACCCCGACGUAGCCAUACACGUGGCAAAGAUGAUAUAAUAUUCGGUGCCUACUCUCAAGAGCUGCAUGCCAUUUACAUGCCCAACUGAGCAGCUCUGUGAAGGUGUCGGACAAUUAUUAAUCAUGUGUAUAUGGAUCACUGUUAUUCUGCUUUGUACUGCGUCUUAUCCGUCUAAUGCAGCCAAAAUACUCGGCGUGUUGAUGACAGAAUCGAAGAGUCGUUACUCAAACCUCAGAAAUGUGGCAGAUGAAUUAGCAUCACGAGGACAUGAGAUCACUUUAGUUGUUCCAUCCAUCUUACCAUUUCCAGCGUCGCACACAGUGAGGCAUUCCGUCUACACCUACCCUUUCGAAGAGGAUCAUCUGGAAAAAACUAUAGUACCAAAAUCUCAUAAUCGACCUCUUUGGGAAAUUUUCCAGGAUAAUAAAAUGUGGAUAGAUAACUUUAUCAUGCCAUGCAGAGCUUUGAUUAUUCACGUUAAGCUACACAGGAAAGAACUGAGAAAUUUCAAUCUAAUGUUUUGUGAUUCCCCUCCAGAAUGUGGAGCUAUCGUCUCCGAGAUACUGGGACUCCCAAGAAUCGAUUUAAAAUUGGCAGGCGCGAUGAGAUUUUUCAAAGAUAUAAGCGUGGUUUCAUACAUUCCUGAUAUUCUGUCGUGGAACACUGAUAAAAUGAGCUUUGUAGAGCGGGUUGCAAACUUGUUGUAUCACGUGCUAAUGUCUGUUACAAUAAUGUACAAUUAUGCUCUCUGUGACGGACUUCGGAGAGAAUUCGAUGUACAAGAGGAGAGAUCUUUCCAGGACUCUAUUAACAAGGUGGAGAUGGUUAUAAUCAUGGGUCACUUUGCAUUGGAAUAUCCUCAACCAAUUUUACCAGCCACCAAACUAGUGGGACCGUUAACAGUGAAACCCCCAAGUCCACUUCCACAAGACCUGCAGCAGUUUAUCAGUGGAGCAGGAGACAAAGGGAUAAUACUGUUUUCAUUAGGAACACUCGGGGAUGCAGUAAUGACGAAAGACCAGGUGGACAUGUUGGCCGAAAUAUUCGGAAGACUGGAGCAGGGAAUAAUAUGGAGAUUAAACGGUAAGUUAAGGUAUAAGGUGUUAACUCAUCUAGGGAGAGAAAUAAGGAGCAUUAUAACUGUUAGUGUGCGGUCUCAUAACGCAAAAUCAUGUAUGUUAAACUUGGCGUGCGCUUUUGCCGAGAUUGUCCUCGGUCACUAUCAAUGGGUCUGCCAUAAAGCGCGUUACUGAGUUAAAAUAUAUUGGUGUUAUCUUUGAUGAACACCUCAGCUGGAGCGAACAUGUUAAAGCUAUUGUUGGUUUCUAAGGCUGG